AUCAUUGAAGGGUAUCUGCUGAAACCUGCCUUGUCUAGCCUUAGCAAUCCCAAGUUGAAGUUCUACAGGCUUAGCAAUGGAACGUAAACUGAGCAUCACCAACUUGAAGAAAGUCAGUGUGAGCGAUUCCAUCAUUGUGCAGGGGAAGGUGGCACCAUGCCCCAAGAGAUUUGCCAUCAACCUGGGCCAGGAUGACUCAAACUACCUGAUUCACUUUAAUCCUCGCUUUGACGAGAACAACGUGAUCGUGUAUAACUACAAGAAAGAUGGCAUGUGGGGUCCAGAGCAGCGGGAUUAUCAGUUCUCCUUCAAGGAGGGACAAAACACCACGAUCACUUUCAACUUAAAUGGCAAUGAGGUAACAGUCAGUUAUCCUGGGGGGCAUCAGUUCCAUUUCAACAGCCAAGUAAAGCUGGACCACAUCGAGUACGUCUCGGUGGAUGGAGACUUCGACGUCAAAUCUGUCAACAUGAAAUGAGUUCAGUGGUGCCACCCUCGGCCUCUUUUCUGGCUACAAAUGAGCCUGCAAAUAAAGCAGUAUUUGUUUCUUGA